AUGAGACAGAACGACUCAGGGAUGUUUUGUUUGGGGUGCAGAAAUCACGAGCUUGGGGGUUGGAUCGAGCUUUAUUUCCCCUAUGUUGGGUUACUUACAGAGCUUGGGCAUAAACCAGUGAACGUUGAAGGAAAAUAUUGCGACAGAUGUAAAUCUGGCCAUUUCGGUCUUCGAAGCGACAUAGCAGAAGGUUGCUUACCGUGUUAUUGCUCAGGAGUGACAACUUUAUGCGAAUCGGCCAUUGUCAAGCCAAAAAAGAUCGAAUCCUUGCAAGACUGGCUGAUAACCGACCUGCAAGUCACCAAGUCCAUCAAACCGAACUGGAACGGCCAAGGGGUGUUCUCCCUAGGCACCGCGGAAUUCCCUGGCAUCAAGUCCCUUUACUGGCUAGCACCCCCGCACUACGCAGGCAACAAACUGACCGCCUACAACGCCGACUUCGUCUUCAGGGUGCAAUGGGUGGUGAUGCGGGGCGAUACCAGCGGGGAACCCACCAGAGGACCCAACAUGGUGAUCAUAGGUCAGAGGAAGUUUCUUAUUUCCAUUCGAAUAGGAUCAUUUCGGGUAAUCGAUUCAAUGGAAGUGCAAGAAACACCUCAACAUAACAUCAUUUUGCAUUAA